AUGGCUGGUGUGGUGGUUGGCUUCGUGACGGUGCCGACACGGGAGCUUGCGGCUACCAUUGCCAAGGCACUUGUCUCGACCAGGGUUGCGGCCUGCGUGAACACCAUCCAAGGCAUCACCUCUACGUACAUGUGGGAAGGAAAGGUGGAGGAAGACAGCGAGCUGUUGCUGAUGAUCAAGACACAGGACACCAUGAAGGAGCAAGUCAUCCAACGCGUCACAGAGCUGCACACUUAUGAUGUGCCAGAGGUCAUCUUCACAGAUGUCACUGGUGGGCUGCCAGCGUACUUGAAGUGGGUGCAGACUGAAGCUGUUGGAACUACAGCCCAGGCACGUCCGCCUCCAUCGUCCUGA